AUGUUUACGAAAAACAAACGAGGGAAAUUUAGUCUUAAGGGGAUCGGGAUUAAGAAGCCCGAGGGAGUAGCAGGCUCGUCUGUCUUUGCUAUUCUCGUGGGCCUGUUUGUGGCAUUUGGUGGAGUGCUUUUCGGAUACGACACCGGAACGAUCGCUGGCAUUAUAACCAUGCGCUACUGGUUGGAUACUUUCUCUACAGGGUACAUUGAUCCCAAGACAGGUCAACUCGGCAUUACGUCUAGUGAAUCAUCCUUGAUAGUGUCGAUUCUAUCCGCAGGAACACUUUUUGGCGCUCUAUUUGCUGCGCCAGUAGCUGAUUGGACAGGAAGGCGCAUUGCACUUUGGAUUAGUCUAUGCGUGUUUGCCUUUGGUGUUAUCCUGCAAACGGCUUCAGUUGAUAUUCCAUUGUUUGUGGCGGGAAGGUUCUUUGCUGGGUUUGGAGUUGGCAUGGUUUCGAUGCUAGUGCCUCUCUAUCAGUCUGAAACGGCACCAAAGUGGAUUAGAGGAGCUAUAGUGGGUGCCUAUCAACUUGCUAUCACAAUCGGAUUAUUGCUUGCGGCAGUUAUAGACAAUGCUACCAAAGGUCUCGACAACACUGGAUCGUACAGAAUUCCAAUUGCUGUUCAAUUCGCCUGGGUCCUCAUUUUAGGGAUAGGACUCAUCUUCCUCUCCGAAACACCUCGUUACCUGAUCAAACGUGGCAGACACGACAAAGCAGCAAAGUCGCUUGGCAGACUUCGAAGACUGGAUAUCAACGAUCCCCACUUGAUUGGCGAGCUUCAGGAAAUCGAGUCCAACUAUGUCCAUGAACAAAUUUUAGCUAAGGGAUCAUCAUAUCUACAAUUCUUAAAAUGGAAUACUUUGGGUAAAAGACUUUUAACAGGUUGUUGCCUUCAAGCCCUUCAACAACUAACUGGAAUUAACUUUAUUUUCUACUAUGGUACUUCAUUCUUCGCCGCUUCCGGAAUCAAAGAACCUUUCGUCACAAGCAUGAUUACCUCAUCCGUAAAUGUCUUCUCCACACUCCCCGGUCUGUACCUCGUCGAAGCAUGGGGCCGUCGUCGCCUCCUCAUGUUCGGCGCUCUCGGCAUGUUCGCCUGCCAAAUGAUAGUCGGUAGCGUGGGCACCGCCUUCCCCAACGGCGACAACAUCGCCGCCCAAAAAGCUCUCGUGGCAUUUGUAUGCAUCUACAUAUUUUUCUUCGCCAGCAGCUGGGGCCCCGUCGGCUGGAUUAUCCCUGGGGAGAUCUUUCCGCUUCCUGUGCGCGCGAAAGGGAUUUCGAUGACGACGGCUUCGAAUUGGCUUUUGAAUUGGGCGAUUGCGUAUUCGACUCCUUAUUUGGUGAAUCCUGGACCCGGGAAUGCGAAUUUGCAGGCGAAGAUUUUCUUUGUGUGGGGUGGUUGCUGUUUGUUGUGUGCGGUGUUUGUGUAUUCUUUGAUUUAUGAGACGAAGGGGUUGAGUUUGGAGGAGGUGGAUGAGCUGUAUGAGAGUGUGGGGAAGGCGUGGAAGAGUACGCAUCGGGUGCCGGUGGAGGGAUAUGGAAAGGAGUGGAGAGGCGCGGGGGAGGGGAAUGGAAAUGGGACUGGAGUUGUGGAGGGGGAAAAGGUGACGGCUGCUGAACAUAAGGAGGGAGCUGCUUGA